GUACACUUAACCUGUUCGACAGCUUGGACGAUAAUUGCAGUAGUGGUCCGGUCGUCACCAAACCACCAUCGGCAACGCACAAUGUACACUUCGAGCAGGAUUCCUUUUAGGGUCUCCAAAAUGAGACUGAUGGUCUUGGUUUUGCUGUCAAUAGCGGCGGCUGUCAAUUCACAACAAGUUUCCAACUACAGACUGCCCAAAACGAUGAAACCAAUGAGUUAUCGACUUGACAUUAUCACGCACCUCGAUGUUGACAAUUUUAAAUUUGAAGGAUCGGUCUACAUAAAGAUUACUUGUUUGGAACCCACCGAUACGAUAGUGUUGCAUUCGGCUAAUCUCACUAUAGACACCAGCGGGAUAGUGAUUUCCAACAGAGGCAACAAAGGUGGACCGGCUAGCAACGUGACUCUAGACCCACGUAAUGAAUUUUUGUACGUAAAAGUGUCUAAUAAAUUCAAGAAAGGAGAAGAUUUUGAGCUCACCGUACCGUUUUCGGGCAACCUGACCGACAAUCUUGUGGGUUACUACAGGAGCAGUUAUGUAGACAGAGAGACUAACGAAACGAAGUGGUUAGCCGUCACCCAGUUCGAACCGGCAGAUGCCAGGAGAGCUUUUCCCUGUUUCGACGAACCUGCGCUAAAAGCCACUUUCAGGAUCAGACUUGGCCACCACAAAGCACUGUCGUCAGUUAGCAAUAUGCCGCUUAAACAAACAGCUCCUCUGACUGCGUAUCCGGAUUACGUGAUCGACGAAUUCGAAGAUUCCGUCCCGAUGUCCACUUACCUGGUGGCGUAUAUGGUGUCGGACUUUACCUACAAUGAUGGCGUGGGCGAAGACGCGAACUAUGUCAAGUUCAGGAUCAUAGCUAGAAAGGACGCGGCCGACCAAACCGAACUCGCCGCAGCUGCCGGUCCUAUGGUCUUGAAGUACUACGAUGAAUACUUUGACGAAAAGUUCCCGUUGGCCAAACAAGACAUGGUGGCCAUUCCUGAUUUUUCCGCCGGCGCCAUGGAAAAUUGGGGUCUCGUUACCUACAGAGAAACCGCUCUAUUGAUCGACCCGAAAGUGGCUACUAUUGGUAACGUGCACCGCGUCGCUUCGGUUAUUGCUCACGAGCUGGCACAUCAGUGGUUCGGUAAUCUGGUCACCAUGAAGUGGUGGACAGAUCUUUGGCUGAACGAAGGGUUCGCUACUUACGUAGCGGCUAGAGGUGUGGACUACUUGUAUCCAGAAUGGAAUUCUUUAAAAGUUGAGACGGCCGAAAAUUUCCUAGAAGUGUUAGAUCUCGAUUCGCUGAACUCUUCACACCCGGUAUCGGUACCCAUUAAACAUCACGACGAAAUAGCUCAAAUUUUUGACGCUAUCUCCUACCAAAAAGGAUCGUUCUUGUUGCACAUGAUGAACACUUUCCUCGGCGAGGAAACAUUCAAGACGGGUGUCAGAAAUUAUAUCGAUAAAAACAAAUACAUGAACGCGGAGCAAGACGACCUAUGGUCUUCCAUGACUGAGGUAGCACAUGCGCAAGGCAACUUGGACAAGAACCUGACCGUUAAACAAAUCAUGGACACGUGGACCCUUCAAACAGGUUAUCCUGUAUUAAGAGUCGUUCGUGAUUAUUCCAGCGACCAGAUCACAUUGUCGCAGGAACGGUUUUUGUCAACGAAAUCCAACGUAACCCAACAAAAAUACUGCUGGUGGAUACCACUUACAUUGACGACUUCUACAAAGAUGGACUUUUCUCAAACAAAACCGAGCACGUGGUUUAACUGUAAUAACAAGGCUCUACAGUUGUCGUUGGCCAAAGAAGAUAAAUGGGUGAUAUUUAACAUGCAAAUGGCUGGCUUGUACAGAGUAGCUUACGACACAAGGAAUUGGAUGGGCAUAAUAGCGACGUUAAACGAUCCUCAGGAAUUUCAAAAGAUACACGCUUUGAACCGCGUCCAACUCAUUGAUGACGCCCUGAGUUUUUCCAAAAUUGGUGAGAUGGACUACGGAGUGACUUUCCAACUUUUGAAGUAUUUAAAACACGAAAACGAGUACUUGCCGUGGAUGGCUGCAUUGAGCGGGCUUGGUCCGAUAAAAAAGUUGAUAAGGAGAACACCUAACCAAGGAAUUUUCCAGAGUUAUAUGCAGAAACUCAUAGCACCGGUAUACAAUAACUACCGUGAUAUGACCGAAGAGCUCAGAGGAUACGAACCCAUACUAUUCAAAAACCUUGUGAUUGCCGAAGCUUGUCGCAACCGGAUGAGAGACUGUUCCGAUCAAGCUGUAACGUUGUUCAGAAAAUGGAUGCAGUCCAGUGAUCCAGAUAACUUCAACUUACUGCCGAGAGAACUUAAAACUAUCAUUUACUGCGAAGCGAUCAAACAAGGAAGCGUAGAGGAAUGGGAAUUCUUGUGGGAACAAUAUAAACGGUCUAACGUUGCAUUCGAAAAAGCCAAAUAUCUGUCGGCCUUGGGAUGUAGUUCCGAGACUUGGCUGCUAAACAGAUAUUUGAACUGGACCAUCGGAGAAAACGCGAUCAUACGUAAACAAGAUGCGAUAACAGUGUUCUAUUCUGUAGCGAUCGGAGACGUUGGCUUCUACGUGGCAAAGGACUUUUUAAACCGUCGCAUCGUAGAUAUAUAUAAAUAUUUCCAACCUCGAGGCGACCGCGUUGGUAGGUACUUGAGCGUUAUAGGUUCGCAGAUGAAGACUAAAGAAGAACUAAAUGAACUCCAGAGUUUCAUUGAAAAGAACGCCGUUUAUCUCGAAGAAGCCGAUAUAACGGUUAAACAGACUCUUGAAACUGUAACAGCGAACACUAAAUGGACAGAUAUAUUUUACAAUAAAAUUGUUAGUCACAUGUUAGCUUUUUAGACUAGCCUAGGGGAUCUGACUGAAAUCCAAUAACAGUUGAUUAAAAAACAAAAGAGACUGGUCAGAUCGUUAAACAAGAAUUUACUAGUGUAUCAUAUAUUUAUAGGAUCUUCAGAAUUUCAUUGAUCACAUACAUUUUUGAUGAUAUUAUACUAAAAUUAUAAAAAAAUUACCUAUGUAAAACCUUUUUGAUUUUUAUCAAACAAUAAUAAUUUACAGCUUUUGUAUUGUUUCAGCCAGAAGGGGAUAACUUUUGUAACUUAAAUGGUAACGUAUAUAUUAAUUUAGUUUUCAUAAAGUAAGAAUAAUUUUCUGAAAAUUUUGACUGGUCGAUAACCAGUUUUGAGUCAUUACUUUUAAAAUUACUUGAGUUUAAAAUUACGACGGGAGUGAUUGUGGUUGAGUUAUGCGUGUGGAUAAAAGUAAUGCUACACUCCAUCUUUCCUCCCGUCCUAAGUUUUUGACGUGAAUAUUUAGUCAAAAUGUUCAGCAAAUAAUUCUUAAUUUAAAAAAGUAAUUACAAGUAUACAUUAACAUUUAAGUUAAAAAUUACAUCCUCUGAAUGUAGUUCUGACUGAAAAGCUUUAAAUUCUUCUUGUUUGAUAAAAAUUAGAAAGGUUAAGUCAUUUUAUUAUAAUUUUAGUACAUCAUCAGGUGGGCCAUGAAAUUCUAAAGACCUGUAUAUUAGCAGUUCUACUUUAUCAUUAUUACCAUUAUUAAGUCCUAUUUGUCAUUAUAUUAUAUUGUAUUACGCGACUCGAGUAAAGCCUGUUGAUAACUAUGAUUGAUGACUGUGAUUCGAACAACAACAUAUAUAUAUUUUUAUUUUUCAUAAAUCCAACUAAUCAUCACCAUCAUCAUCAUUAAAAUAAUAUAAUUAUGUACAUAUAACUACGUUAUUCGAUUAUUAUUGUUAUUAUUACCAUCACCUUUUUUAAAAUAACAUACGAACUAUAAAAAGAUAUUAUAUUACUAAUUUGCUAUGUUUA